AUGGCAUCCAUCAUGGAGGGGGGCCUACUGCCCAUGAUCAAGUGCUCCAAUUGUGGAAUGAGCGUGGAAAUCUCCUCCAUGGGCGAUCAUGUGUGUGCCAAACCAAUGCCAGCAACUCCUUCGCCCUCCCAAUCCCCUCCGCCGCCCCCGCCCAAAUCAGACAAUGGGUUAACGUCCAGAACUCCCAGCGAUGCCUGGACCUCCAAGCCCGGAAGGUCCGGCCCUCCGCCUCGCAUUGACCCUGCAAUGGCCAAUCGUCCUUUCUUGAACCCCGCAAGUCCGAUAGCCAACCACGACCCGUUGGUCCCUUCCCCUCUUUCGACGUCUUCAGGUCAACGGUCGCCGUUUAGAGCUCUCCAGCGCAGCCAGACCUCUCCUUUGCCCGACGAACCGCAAUCCCCGGAUUCGAUCAACCUGGAAACCGCAUUUGCUACCUUCCCCCUACCCCGUUCCAUGUCGGACAGACGCCCGGGUGGUAUGCCGAGCGCAAAGGACCCCAGGUCAGCACCUCCAAUGCUAUCAGCUCGAUUAGCACCUGCGUUGGACCGAAAUGCGCUUUCAGACGAUGUACCUCCGCCACCGCUCCCGAAAGAUGACCCUCCCGCGACGGCCAUGGGCGUGGGCCAUAAACAUGGCGCUUCGAUAGACAGCAAAAGCAGCUACCGGACAUCGCUGGCAAGCACGCGGUAUGGAGACAAUAGGAAUUCCAAGCGGUCGACUGCCAUGUCGAGCCGUCGGCCUUCGUUUGGGAGCGUCGCGCGCGAUCCGUACAAGUUUGUGGAUGAUGCUCCCCCGGUUCCGUCUACUGCACCGCAGCAACUCCUGCGCCCCUCCAGGAUUUCGGAUUCCUCCGUCGCCGAAGUCGCGGACAAGCGUGAAGGCAGGGGUGAAAUAUACAGUGGCUUCGAUUUCGGGGUGUCGGAACGGCCGACGAGUGCCAAGGCUGAGAUUGACCAUGUCAAUGCAAGUGCGCUCCGAGUCUCAUCGCAUACCAAUAGCAACUCCGAUCGUCUUAGCAGCAACCGUGGAUCCGCAGAGUUGUUCUUCCAAAGCCCGGCCCAGAGUUCCUAUGGACCCCCGCUCGACUUUGAGCUACCAAAUGAGCCACUGGCUUCGCCUGCGACCCCGGCCAACGGGGAGUACAAGGCCUUCAAGCCACAAAGCUCCGAUUUUCUCCAGCCAGCAGACGCGGAAUCCGGUCGCUCGAAUGAGCGAGAUACCAAUCAAAGGAAGGAUUCUGAUUCGGCUAGUGACGGGAACAACUCUGUUUCCAACUUCGCACGAGCACUGGGACUAGAGGUCGACCACACUGCGAAUAGUUCAAUAACCUCGUCGGACUCCUCACCGUCAGACACCACCCGCAGUGGAACGUCUCUAUCCAGUCUGCCAUCGGAAGCCAGCAUGUCCCGACGGAAACCCUCAGAUCAGGGUCGUCUGGGUCCUGUUGUGGAGGAAGAGAAGAAGCCCCAGCAGCCUGUGCUGGACGAACCGGUCCUCGAAAGUCCGACCGCCCUCGAGCCACCGCGGAUUCCAGAAGCCUUAUUCAGCCCUGACUCGCCAACUGACCCUGCCAUUAGUCAGGGUAGCCUGUCGCUUGUUUCUGAAAAGAAACCCCGGCGUCCUGAGGGGGAGGAGGAGAACCCACCCCGACCAGGGAUGGUGCGUUCUGCGACAGCACCGCCGCCGCGACCCUCACCUCGGCCCAAGGGCCCCUGUCGUGGUUGCGGUGAAAUGAUCAUGGGCAAGUCCGUGUCGUCGGCCGACGGCCGUCUGACGGGCCGAUACCACCGCGCCUGUUUCGUGUGCUUCCAGUGCCGGACUCCCUUCCAGACGGCCGACUUUUACGUCCUGGAAGAUCGUCCCUAUUGUGCCCAGCACUAUCAUGAACGAAAUGGCUCCCUUUGCCAGACCUGCCAUACUGGCAUUGAGGGCCAGUACCUAGAGACUGUUGAACGCCGCGGCCGUGGGCCCGCGGAUCGUCAGAAAUUCCACCCGGACUGCCUGAAAUGCCGCACCUGCCAGAUUCCUCUGAAGGGGGAUUACUUUGAAUGGUAUGGUCAGGUAUACUGCGAACGUGACGCACGACGGGCGGCAGCUGCUACGCCACCACCGCCUCGUCCUCGCCGUCCAACCAUGCCCUCGUCUCCGUUAGCCCCGUCCGGCCGUGGAUAUCCACCACCGCCCCCAGGGUACAUGGGCCCUCCUGGCCCGGGUCCUGGCUUUGGACCGGGUCGCGGACGGGGUCGUGGACUGCGACCACCCGGCCCGGUCGAUGGGCCGUACGCAGCGACGGGACCCCUUCCUCCCGCGCGACGUUUCCCGGAGCGCCGGACUACCAGGUUGAUGAUGAUAUGAUAUCCCUAAUGGCUAUUCUGAUCUGGUUUUAAGCUGCGGACAGCUAUAUUUUCCAUUUGCCAUUUACUCCAAGUUACUGGGCACCCCCCUUUUUAUUUUCUGCCCUUCACAUUUCCUUUGCCAUGACCUAGACCUUUCGCCAUAUACCCUUCUUUUGCAUCUCCAGAAAUUGGUUCCUCAUCGUUGAUUUCUUUCUCCCCUGGCUGGCGAGGUUUGAACUGGGGUCGCUUUCUCUUCUUGUCUGUUGGUGGUCAUCAACAAUUUAUGUUUACCCUGCAUAACGUCUGGUGUCAUCUUGGUGUUUCCAGGCUGGGUUCUUCUACGUGGUUGGGUGGCUGGAUACCCUCCUCUUAACGGCAUGUUAUAG